AAAAAUCAGUUUCAACAUCAGUGGAAAUCCAGAAGGAAGUGGCAUUCCACAAGCCCGGUCUCUCGUUUAGGAGUGAUUCCGAAGUCAAGCCUUCUAAAAAAUAUCGUUCCAUGGAUGCCUUAGAAAAGUCCGUAGAAACUUUAAUCGGCGAUCAUUGUGCCAGCAAUAGUGCAAGUCCCAUUUCCACUGAAGAUCCCCAAUCUCCCACUAACGUAAACACCCUUGAGAGUCAAGAUGAACAUGGGGACCAUGCGAAUCCCGAUGAGCUGGAUUGCUUUGCCUGUUCCGAUCCCAGACUCAACGUUCCCCAACCAAUGAGUGUAGUCAUCUCUACAAUUUCACCUCGGAUUGACUUGGAUGAUCUAGACUUUGAGGCGCCCGAGGCUUUGGAUUUAAGCCUGGAUGAAAACCGACCAGCUUCAACGGAAUUCUUCGAAUCGAGAUUGCGAUGUGUUCCCCCUGAAGCUGAACAUGAGCACGAUCUUGGCGAAUCAAAGCCUCCACACAUGGAACAACAGGAAGCUUCGGAGACCCACCCGGAUGUAGAUGAGGGAAUUGGCAAUUUGUCCGAUGAGUCACCAACCAAAGAAAGAACCUCGGGAUCGAGAGCUUCGAUAUUGUCAUCAUCGUGCACUCUUCCAGUGGAUUUUACCCCAGAACCGUCCAAUGAUGAGAAUACAAAGGAAGCCCAAGGGUACUCUGAUAUCUUGAGCGUUCUUCAUAAGCUUGACAGUGAAGAGGGAGUGAAUGAUCGGCCAAUUGAAGAGGCCAAACAAACUGAAGGUGCUACAACGGAAAAUACAACCACAAAGAAAAUUGAUGACUUAUUCUCAUAUUUGGAUAACGUGGAGGAAGGAAUAGAUGCCAAUCUACCAAUUGUUGAGGGUGGUCGAACGCAGUCUGCGGUGCCGUUUUUGGGCUCCAUGAAAUCAACCAAGAAUAGUAUUUCAGAGCUCCUGAAGGAAAGCCCUCAAAAAUUGGCCGAGAAAGUCAUCAAGCUGCGAUAUAAAGUUGAAGACACGGAGAGAGCAGUCGCUGUUCUCAAAGAUGCUUUGGAGCAUCAGCGAAAAAUAUCCGCCAACUCCACCAGCAAGUUCCAAAAGGAGUUGGAGCAAAGGUUGGCGCAACAAAAAGAUGAAUACGAGGCCACCAUCAAACGCCAUCAAACCUUCAUCGAUCAACUGAUUGAGGACAAGCGGAGCCUCAGUGAACGAUGCGAUGUUUUGCAUCUCGAUUUGAGAAACUCCGAAAGGAAGCACCAAGAGAGUAUCAAAAGCAUUGAACAGAGACACCAAGCUGAAUUGAGACGAGUGAAAUCAUUGCAAGAAACCAGCAGCAAAAUUAAACAAGAAAAAUGGAUGGACGAGAAAACCAGACGGAUCAAAGAGCAAACAGUUCGAGGUCUGGAGCCUGAAAUCCAGAGGCUCAUGUCCAGACAUUCGACUGAGAUGUCGGAUUUGGAAUCGGAAAGGGAGAGAAUGCUGAUGAGCCAAGAGAAAGAGCUUCAUCAGCGACAUGUUCAACAUGUUCGGGAACUGAAAGCUCUUUGGGAUGAAGAGCAGCAUGAGUCACUUCAGCGAGAGCGACAAAUGCUUCUCCAAAGACACACGAUGCAAUUGAAUGAGAUGGCCGAACAACACGAUUUGGAAAUACAAAGACUUCAAGAACAGCUGAAACGGGAAAGGGAAAGAGCAAUUGAAGAUCGACGCCAUUUUGAAAACGAGGCCAAUCAAGUGCGUAAAAUAGCCAAUGAGCGAGCUCAAGGUGAAGUCGAGCGAGUCAAGGAAAUCGAGGAGAAUAAAAGGAAAACAUUGCUGAAGAAACAAGCGGCUGAGCUGUCCUCCAUUAAAGAGGCAGAAACGGCAGAGCGAGAAGAAUGGGAGAGAGCCUGCCGCCAAAAGUUUGAAGCCAGUUGGGAGGAGAAUGAAAAGAAAUUGGCGGCAAAAUUCGAAAAUGAGAAGAACGAUAAGUUGGCCACCGAGAAGGGCCGUGUUAUUGACGAGAUGAAGGCCUUCAAAGACCAAUGCAAAAGGGAUUUGGAAGAAAAAAUCAGCCGGAUGAAAGCCAAACAAGAGAUCGAAAUCAAGGACAUAGACGCAGACAACGAGAAUAUGAGAAAGAAAGUCCAGCAUUUGCGUCAAGAAUUGGCAAGGCUUGAAGAGGAAGCCAUCGUAACCAAGGCCAAUUUCAAACAAAUGGAAAUCACCAUUAACGACUUGAAGAAGACCAAUGGCCAACUAGAAUCUGAGCGUGACGACGUGCGCCAAGCUGUUCGAGGUGAAUUCAACUCUGCCCUUGAGGCCUUAUCCAAUGAGCGCAACUCUCUCUUGAAUCAGAUCUCGGAUUUAAGAUUGGCCUGCACAGAAAUGAAGUCCCAAAUACUGGUGAUGGAGAGGGCUCAUAAGCGGGAAAUGGAACGCGAGAUUGAGAAUAUUCACGUCAGGGUCAAGGCUGCGAUUGCCAAGAAGGAGGAACAAUUGCAAGAGUUGAAGCAAAACUUUGCGAAUGCUUUGGAACAGAUUGAACACCUUGAGGACUCGUUGGAACGGAACACUAAAGAGCGAAUCCUCGCUCCAAGCAAGAAGAAAUAGCCAAAGAGCACACAUAUGCCACGGAAUAUCUGCUUCAAUAGAUUUUGGCUAGAUGGCGCUUGCUUCCUGAAACAACGUGGUUUUCCAUUA